AUGGCUCUAACAUCGCUCAGCUCGGAAUUAGGAGACAAAAGCUGGCAUGAAAUCUUCGAGGCCAUCUUCAGCUUUGUCCUUUUGGACAAAUCAAACCUUUACGACCCGCCAAAGCCAAAGGCCAAAUCAAAGGCCAAGGCAAAGGCGACACCACAGCCACAGCCACAACCACAAUCGACGGCGCAGCCAAAAGGCAAGGCUCCCGAGCAGCGUUUGGAGAAAUGUGCAGCCGCUGUCAGGCUGGCAGCCCUCCGGUCGGCCUCCAAGAUAGGGCGGAAGACGGUGCUUGCCAUCGUGGAUCACAUCACCCAAGUCUUGUUCGGCCCUGACGAUGAGUUCAUCCAGCCGCUAUUACGGGAUUAUGUCAAAGCAUUGACGGAGAUCGUGUCCCGCCAGGCCCAUGCUGAGGUCCUGGCCAGAAAGGACGCGGGACCGUGGCAGGUUUGCGUUGAUUUCUUUCUCAGAGUUGCUUACCAUAUUCUCCCCAGCGAAGAAGAUACAGCUACGUUGCCUCAUCUCGCGAGGGCUUCUCCUGCGCCGACUGCCUCUUCUUUAAGAUCCCUACCCCGGGCAAACUCGUCUCUGCAAGCACAGCGCCACACCGGACAGGGAGACGGCGAACCUCUGAAGGAUGCGCUCGAGGGACUCUAUCACUUGAUAUCAGCACCAAAUGCCCCUCUUCUUCGGUUGGCGGCAAAGGACCAGUCGGCAAAGGACAUUACCGAUCUCGCCCUGGGGGUCCUUGGUACAAAGCAUCUCAACCUAGGAUCUACGCCGACACUAUGCUUUUCCAUCAUCAAUACCGUCUUUCGAGCCACCGAAGCAGAUGAUCUGGACAAUGCAGUCGCCUUGGCUGAACAUACACUACCGCAUAUGGGAUACUGGUGGCGUGCUGAAAAGGUCUCACAGGAUGAACUCAUCAAGGCUCUGAGGAACGAGAUUUCGAGGAGUAUCUUUCUCAUGCAUUUACAUCUGGAGCAUCUCGCCAUCAAUCUGUGGGACGUGAAUGUACGUGAAGGCGUAGCUAACCUGGCUGAGCCUCUCUGGCAAGAGUACUCCAAGAGAAGCGAGGCAUUUCGACUAAAGCUUACUGAUCUGACCUUCGCCUCAUCAUCUUCACGAGAACACAUCAUGCAUCUGGGUUUGUUUGGACUACGUCCUCACAAUGCCGAAGGAGAGGCGCACUGGGCUGUCCUCCAGAACCUUGCCUUUCUAGAGGCCAUGCUGUUGCGUCCUAAGAAGGAGACGACGGAUGCGGACGCUCAAAAUGGCGAGCAGCCAAGGAAAAGGAGACGGCUCCAUCAAGAUUUGAACCCCCUCAGGGUCAAGCUGAAAUCGAAACACGAGGGGACGGUUCGGACUGCCUUGCAAUUGGUGCCUUUCAUGCUUGCAACAAGUACUGUCAGUCACGCGGAGAUCUGUGAACUUCUUGGAGACCUCGUCAGCUUUGUUGGAGACAAUGACACAACUACAGCAUCUUGGGCCCUGAUUGCCUGCUCUAGAUGUCAAUGGACCUGGCAUCUUAUGCGACACGUCACUCGCGCUCAUGACACACUUGUUCCAUGUUCGCAACUCUCGGCUGCCCAGCACCAGUCAGAGCACAUCAAGUCACAUCAUCAGAUGGCUUUUCUCGCGGUGGAACCCGAUCCCAUUGACCUCGUGAACAUUCUGCGGCUCUGCUGCGGUGCCCAGCCCAUCCCCUCAACUCGUCAUGACGCUACAUUUGGCGGGUCUUUGAGUGAGACGUGGAUAUCGCAGAGAGAGAUUGGAGAUUUCAAUGAAUUCCUGCUUCUGCUAGGGCAUGAGACUGGUACCAUCAUCCCCAGCGAGUGCUGUUACUCCUUGGCUAAAGAAGCCCUUCCCCUCGCGGCAGACGCUACAAGCUUUCUCACAUUGAAGAAGCUCGUCCUGGAGCUUCUGUAUCCCAGACUCGAAGAGCUGAAAGAGGUGUGUCUGUCGUGGACCAAGAAAGCCAGCAAUGGGGGAACCCAGAUCACGUUCAAUCGUUUUCAAAGCCUCAUGUCUGCAUGCAUCGCGGGAGCAUUGCUGGUUCCUUUUCUCGGCGACCUCAACUCGUCUCAAUCUGCUUCCAUAGAAGCACUUCUGAUGGAACUAGCCGAGGAUGGCCUUUCGGCCGCUUUGGAUUCCGUCGAGCCUGCAGCUUUCAUUGACUUGACUUUGAAGGAGUUGCGGCCUUGCAUACCCGACAUCGGCACAGCGACCCUGAGCCAAAUGAGUGCGGAGAAUUAUGCUACCCUCAGCCUUCUCUCCAAGCUCUCUGAACGCAUAGAGCAGCGGCAGCCAAGUCAGCGCUCAGGUGGCCCUACAGACACUAUGGACAUUGACGACGACUUCGACUCCUAUGACAGUCAAGCGGUGUCGACGUCUAGCGCCGCGUUCGUCCUCCCGAGGCAAAAUGUCCAACUGUGCUCGAGUCCUCAAGUAUUCAGCAUUGAUACGAGACUACGAUUGACGCUCCUGAGGCUCAUUCAUCACGACAAAAGUCAGCUCGGCCUAUUGCCUGCUCCGUGGAUGAAUGAACUCUUAGCAUUGCCUGAUGAUGAGCUGCUUGCAUGCCAACGCCUGCUGAUGGAAAUUGUCAGAUCAGAUCUUCUUGUCGAUGGAGAAGUAGCUCUGGCCAUCGUGGAGAGGCUCGGAAGAAUAGUCGGCAAUCCGGAAUAUCAGUACUGCGAAGUUGCCCAAACCACAUGCCUCGAGGUCCUUGACGGUCUGAGCAGCAUCUGGCUUUCAGGUGACCGAACCCUGGCGGAUAUGGUGGGCGAUUUGUACGAUCAUUUCGUCAAGAUGUCACUUGCCCGCUUGUUAUUCACCUUGUUGAGGGUCAAUCCAGAAUACGGAACGGAUCUGGGACUUGACUCAUGUCGAACCUCGCUGCUCCUCAUCCUCAAGGAGGCGCCAAUGAAGGUCAAAUGCUUCAUUGCGGAGAGAUUGGCUGAUAUAUUCGAGCUCUUCAUCCUGAUGCUGCACGAUGAUGUGUUCGUGGAUAUCCUGGACACCCUCCCGAACGCUCCAUUCACCCAAGCGCGCAUUGCCUUUCGCUUGCUGGUGCUGUCAAAGAUCGCCUGUAGCUGGCCUACUCUCCUGAGGAGGUGCACCUACCACAUUUUCGAGAUCCCGGGCAAUUUUCCUGAGGCAACUGACUACGCAAAAAGGUGCUUAGCGGACAUUGCUGUUGUUCUCAAUUUCAAGUCUCCAGCAGAGAUCUUUCGGUUGUUCUCUCGCCAGAUCCUAUACACCUGGCUGGACAGCGAGACGGUGGAAGACAUUCCGUAUGCCAUCUUCGGAUACGCCCGCCUUGGGGAUCUGCUGAAAGCUGCACAGGCCGAUGCCAUCGCCCUAACGACAAUGCGAGGCCAGGACUCUGCGAGUGCAGACAUAGCUCGACUGGUUGGCAUCUCAGAGCCUGAGCUGAUCCAGCAAAACUUUUCAACUACACUGUCAUAUACUUUGCUAUAUGCUGCCUCAAUGGGGGGCCCGGAAAGGACAAAGGGCGAAGAUCGCAUCAGAAGCAAGCUGGGCUCCAAGUUAUAUUCCGAGUCCCUAUACAUUCACUUUGUCGAUAUUGUCGCUUUAUUCUUCGAUCUGAUCGAUCAAGAAGACUUGAUCGAGAACAUCUUCUUGAAAAACGCGCAAUUGAAGUACGCAGGCGAAAAUCUCCAAUCGAUCAAGGCUAUUGCGCACUCACCAGUUACACUUCCGGUCAAUCAGCAACCCUGCUUCAAAGCAAAGAAUGUCUUGAAAGAACUCAUACACCUCUGCCAGGCCACGGAGUUCCAGUUUCACGAACUUUGGACUCCAGCGGUAGUCGUUGCCAUUGCCCGAAAGCUGCUCAACACGGUACAUCCGGCCCUCGGCUCUCUGCACGCAUGUUCUAUCCUUCGCAGAGUGAGGAUUCUGGUCUGCCUUGCCGGACAAGUUGCCUUGGAAUCAUACUGUUUGGAAAUGUUAUUGAGCUCCAUUCGGGGCUUCCUUGUGGACUCUGAAUGCGCUGACGAUGCGCUCGGGCUGAGCCAGUACCUGCUAUCUCGAGGAAAAGCAUACCUGGUUCAGGCCCCGUCAUUUCUGGCCGGCUACUCUCUGUCGGCACUGGCGUCAUUGAGGGUCUUCCUUGAGUCCAGCCAGUCGAGCACCACUCAAGAAAGCCAGUUCAAGGCCACCAUGAGCAAGGCACAAAAGUUUCACGAGUGGUUCAGCCAGUAUCUCUCAGAUUACACCUCCCCCAGGUUUGAAAGCCAGCAGCAGAAUGACUUAUUCAAAUCCAUCACUACAUCGGCAGCUCAUAUACGGUCUUCCGGCAAUGCGGAGAAGGAUACCUCGGAAAGUAAGCUGCUUCUCGAUAUCCUAAACGACGAAAUAGCAGUAAGGCAGCUGCUCAACGAGUCUUCGCGCCAACUUGCCCUCGGCCUUCUCUGCGGCGAUUUCACGAUUCCGACACACAGCAGAAACGAUGUGGUGGACAGUGAUGAGCAUGCCAUCGCGCAUGUUUCGGCGGUAUGGAAGAGCUGCGGAGCUCAAAGCCUCAGUGACAAUUAUCUGGCGUGGGCAGGACGAGUUGUCGGCCGUUCAUUUCUGGCCUCUGGUACCAUUCCCGAAGAUAUCAUGCGAGAGUCGCGUCUCGAUCAAUACGAAAAGAUUGCGCCAGGGCCACAUGGGUCCGAAAUGGGACUCCUCAAUCUCCUUCAGGACCUUACGAUGAAUCCAAACUCGGUCACAGCUGGGUUGGCUGAAGCCGCGUUGCGAAGCGCAAUAUCGCAGGCUGUGGUUGAAGAUGACGGGCCACUUGUCACGGCCGGCCAGCAAAGCCUGUCCGAGUCGCUCUUCAAUGCAUCUCAAUGGGGCUCCUAUCGCACUCCGCCUUCAGAAGUCGCACCUACUGAGCUGCCGGAAGACGAACAGUUCUCGUGGGCCGAAGACGUCGCCUCACAGAGUUGGCUGCCUCGGCUCAGCGCAUUCCUUGCUCAGUCGCAGCAGCAGGUUAUCAAGAAGUCCUUGUCUGGGGCUAUCAAGGGGUGGCUCGCAUGGACUGACCCAGCGGCCAAGGACAACAUCAAACUCCUGAUCAAUACGGUCCUUUACCUCAGAACCCAAGAGUAUCCCAAAGAGACGUCCAUCGUAGAUCGACUGCAUUGGCUGGAUAUCGACUACACCAUGGCCGCGUCAUCCGCAACUCAUUGUGGCAUGCACAAGACGGCUUUGCUCUUCGCUGAGAUUGCAGCUUCCGAGGCAACCCGCACAUCUCGCAGAUCGUCCGUAGCCAAAGAGGCAGACCUGAACGAAACACUAUUGGCCAUCUUUGAGAAUAUCGACGACCCAGACGCGUACUAUGGCUUACCCGAGGAGGCAAACCUCUCGAAUAUCCUGUCUCGUUUGGAAUACGAACAGGAAGGGGCGAAGAAUCUCGCAUUUCGAGGCGCUCAAUACGACAGCCACAUCCGGCUACGGCAGAAUUCAUCAGACUCAGACGCCCAUGCUUUGGUGAAGGCCCUCGGCGCUCUUGGGUUCGCCGGGCUGUCACAUUCUCUGAUGCAGACGCAACAGAACAUGGGCUCGACCCCGUCUUCCAUCGAAAGCACGUUUCACACAGCCAGGAGACUCGAGAUUUGGAACCUUCCUGUGCCAGCCACAAGCGAUCAUUUUGCUGUCGUGACAUACAAAGCGUAUCAGACACUGCAUCAGGCUACCAAUGUCGCAGCCAUCAGGACAGCUAUAUACGAUGGCUUUGCUCGCACGAUGAAGAACUUGGUCGGCAACAACCGCAAUGCAACGGCCCUAAGAAGCCGAUUGGGAGCUUUGGCGGCGCUCUCUGAGCUCGAUGAGAUCCUGAACAUUGCGGACGCAGCGGAAUUGGAAGGCCUGAUGAGCCGGUUCCAGGAACGCAGUCAAUGGAUGAAGAGUGGACUAUAUGACGACGUCAGCCAGAUUCUGUCGUGCCGUGGCACAACAAUGAGCAUGUUCACCCAACAUGCAUCGCUUCUUGCAAAUGGCCCCCUAUCUGUGGCGGGGAUACGGCAGAUGGAGAUCAAGUCGAUGCUUUUGGCAUCUAGCAUUUAUCGUUAUCACCAGGCUACGCAGGAAUCAUUAAACAUUUCGACGGCCCUGAGUGACCUCAUCAAGCCAUGCGAAGACUUGGGCGUCCAUGUCGAUGUCGCCAUCAAGAUUGAGGUCGCAAACUCGUUGUGGGAUCACGGAGAGAUGAGCUCAUCGAUCAAGAUGCUUCAGGGCAUUGACAACGUCGCGGCUCUCAAGCGACAGACUAUUCCGGUGAGCCGGUCUGACUUGCUCUCAAAGAUUGGCCACAGGAUGUCUGUCGCGCGUUUGGAGAAGCCUCGAGACAUACAGAAGAAGUAUCUAGAGCCGGCGCUGAAAGAACUCAGAGGCGGCGUCGAGGCAAAAGAGGCAGGCUUGGUAUUCCAUCAGUUUGCCGUCUUCUGUGACGAGCAGCUCCAAGAUCCAGACAGUUUGGAGGAUCUCAAGCGUUUGCAAAGCUUGAAGAAGGGCAAGAAUGAUGAGGUCGAGGAGCUCAAGUCGCUCAUCGCAUCUACCAGAGACUCGCAGCUCAAGGCCAAAUACUCGCACGUCCUCGCGAAGGAGAAGCAGUGGCUUGAUCUCGAUGAGCAAGAGCUACGCCGUGUCGAAACGACUCGCAGCGAGUUCGUCCGCCUGAGUCUCGAAAACUACUUGCUCUCCCUGGCGUCUUCAGACGAGCAUGAUAACGACGCCUUGCGAUUCACAGCACUGUGGCUCGAGAGAUCGGACGACGACGCGACGAACAAUGCAGUGACGCGACAUCUCUCGAAAGUGCCCACGGCCAAGUUUGCAGGCCUCAUGAGCCAGCUGACCUCGCGACUGCAAAACCAGGACACGCCGUUCCAGGAGCUGCUCUCGAAUCUGGUGUACAACAUCUGCGUCGAUCAUCCCUACCACGGCAUGUAUCACAUCUGGUCCGGCACCAAAGCUAGAGUGCAGCAAAAGGACGAGGUUGCCGUCCUUCGAGUCCGGGCCAACGAUAAGAUUGCACAGAAGCUUGCGAGCACUGACGCUGUUGCCGACAUCUGGCUCGCCAUCGAGAGGACGAGCAAGCACUAUCAUGUCCUUGCUCUGGAAAGGGACCAGGCCAAGUACAAAUCAGGUGCAAAGAUUGCGCUGAAAGACUCCCCGGCGGCCAGGAACCUGAUGAGCUACCUUGCCAAGUUCCGCAUUCCUCCCCCGACGAUGCAUAUCGAAGUCAACGCCAACAAGGACUACUCCGACGUGCCCUUGAUCUCGAGGCUCGAACCGACCAUGAGUAUUGCCUCAGGCGUGAGCGCGCCCAAGAUCAUCACCGCCAUUGGCACGGAUGGCGCAAAGUACAAACAGCUGGUCAAGGGUGGUUCAGACGACCUGCGUCAAGACGCCAUCAUGGAGCAAGUCUUUGCAGCGGUUUCCUCCCUUCUGAAGCUUCACAGGGCUACGAGGCAGAGAAACUUGGGCAUUCGAACAUACAAGGUACUCCCCCUGACGGCCUCGUCCGGACUCAUCGAGUUCGUCCGCGACACGAUCCCUCUGCAUGAUUUUCUCAUGCCAGCACACGAACGGUACCACCCCCGCGAUCUUAAGGGAACGCAGUGCCGAAAGGAGAUUUUCAGCGUGCAGAACAGACCGGUGGACCAGCGCAUCAGCACAUACCGGAAAGUCACGGAGAAGUUCCAGCCCGUCAUGCGGUACUUUUUCAUGGAGUACUUUGUCGACCCUGACGAGUGGUUCGUGAAGCGGCUCGCAUACACGCGAAGCACGGCCGCCAUAUCGAUGCUCGGCCACGUCCUGGGCCUGGGCGACCGCCACGGCCACAACAUCCUGCUGGACACCAAGACGGGAGAGGUGGUGCACAUCGAUCUGGGCAUCGCCUUUGAGACGGGCAGGAUCCUGCCGGUGCCGGAACUUGUACCCUUCCGCCUGACCAGAGACAUUGUCGACGGCAUGGGCAUCACCAAGACGGAGGGCGUGUUCCGCCGCUGCUGCGAAAUGACGCUCGACGCCCUCCGCGAGGAACAGUACUCCAUCAUGACCAUCCUGGACGUCUUGCGCUACGAUCCCCUCUACAGCUGGUCCGUCUCCCCCGUCCGCCUGGCCAAGCUCCAAAAGGCGCGACAAGACGACGGCGGCGCCGCCAUUGACGACGCAGACCAGGCCGACGUGGCCACCAACAAGAAGGGCAAGAAGGCGGGCAGCCACCUGAAUGAGCCGUCAGAGGGAGAUCGCGCGCUCGAGGUUGUGAGGAAGAAGCUGUCCAAGACGUUGAGCGUGACGGCGACGGUGAAUGACUUGAUCAAUCAGGCUACGGAUGAGCGGAAUCUUGCCGUGUUGUAUUCUGGUGAGUCAAGUUUUUUGUUUCUUCUUCUUUUUUUGGCUCUAGGCUGUACAUGGAUUGUUUGA